AUGUCCAAGAAGAGAAAGCACGAACAGAUUCAGGAUCAGGAUGACCAGAAAACUACGAAGCCACAGCCUGACGAAACUCCCCAAAAAGAAGGCUCGACCGCUCCCACAAAGUCCAAGGGACAGCUGAAGCAGGAGAAGUCGGAACGAAGAGCAAAGAAACAGAAGGAGUCGAAAGAAGAAGUGACACAACAAGAUCCCUCACCAAGUCAUGCCGCAGAUGUUUCCUCAUCGCUUGCGCCAACGCCAGCCGAGGGUGGUCCCACACAAGAGCCGGAAGGGAAGAUGAAGAGGAGUAAGAAGGACAAGAAGGACAAGAAGAAGGCAAAGACGGAGAGCGGUGACGGCGGCAAGGACAAGGCCGAGAACGAGAACGAUGAAGGCGGCAAGAAGUCCGCUCCCGCUCGAUUUAUCUGUUUUGUCGGCAAUCUACCUUACGACGCCACUCUCGAUCAGAUCAACGCCCAUUUCUCCAAGAUUGCACCCACCUCUGUCCGGCAUGCGACCGACAAAGCUAGUGGAAAGAGUAAGGGGUAUGCAUUUCUCGAGUUCGACCAUUACGACAAGAUGAAGACGUGUUUGAAAUUGUACCAUCAUUCUAUCUUUGAUCCGGAGGCCAGGGGUAAGGGGAAAGAUGCUCAGCAAGACGACAAAGAGCAGAAGAACCCUAGCAGAAAGCAGAAGGGACGAAGACUCAAUGUCGAGCUUACGGCCGGAGGAGGGGGCAAGAGCAAAGCACGCAAGGCUAGAAUCAACUCAAAGAACCAAAAACUCGAAGAGGAACGAGGGCGCAGGCGACUGAAGGAAAAGGCUGAGCGCGAGCAGAGUACUCGGAAGCAGAAGGGGCCGCCCGAAACGGGUGCAAACACGGUGGAAGUCAAGGACACUCGUGGGGACGUCCAUCCUAGCCGUCUCUCUCGAGUGAGUCACUGA